UCUUCUCACCAGGUCCGGAUGGAUGCUGGUGGUUGAUGAUGCUUUGGGACACAGGGUGAGGGGGUGGUGGUCGAUCCCAUCCCACCCAUGAGGUGCGAGUGACCAUGGGAACCCAUCACCGCAUCCUGUUUCUUCUCCAGGUCUUCCCGGUGGAGCAAGGGGUGGGUUCUGGAUGUGGUGGGAAGGGGUGGCACAGAGAAGAAGCCACUUGGGCAGGUGGGCAGCACGGGAGGAGAAGGACACCGUGGUGCUUCCUCAGCCCAGGUCCCCGUGGACCUUCUCUGUCUGGUAGCCCUCAAUAGAUCGCUUUCCCAUGGCCCUUUUCCCAUGUCCUCAUGCCCCAUGAGCUGCAGCGGUGUGGGGUUGUAGCCUGGGGUCACCAUCACCAACCACCCUGCGGUACCACUGGAGCUGCAGAGCAGGCGAGAUUUGGGCAUCAGAGCCUUAAACUUUCACAGGAACUUUGGUAAAGGCGCUGACUUGGGCUUGGGAUCUUCGUUCCUACAGCUGACGGGAUGGCGGAGGGGAAGGAAACCAGUCUGGAGGAACCAGUAUGGUCUGAGCUGCACUGGGACCCACCCGAGGUGGACAUCCCUCAAGAGCUGAACCAGGACGAGUGUGGGAGUCAACCCCAACAAGGCUCUGAAGAACCGAGCGAUGACUCCCAUGGACGCCCAUCACCAAGGAAGGGGAGACGGCUGCAAGCCCGCCGUGGGAGCCUUGCAGCCAAGAGGACCUACAGCUGCAGCAAGAGCGGGAAGAACAUCGCUGGGAAGGCAGAAGGGGCCAUGCUCAAGGCCCUCUAUAGCUGUCCCGACUGCGGGAAGAUCUUCAGCCGGAGGUCCUUCCUCAUCCCCCACCAGCGCAUCCACACCGGUGAGAAGCCCUUCACCUGCCACGAGUGCGGAAAGGGUUUCCGAGUUGGGUCAGCGCUCAACAAGCACCAACGGAUCCAUACGGGCGAGAAACCCUACAAGUGCUUGGACUGCGGGAAGCGUUUCCGUCUCACCUCUACCCUCAGCACCCAUCGGAAGAUCCACACCGGGCAGAAACCCUACGUCUGCCUCGUUUGCGGGAAGACCUUUCAGUUGAGCACGUAUCUGCUGGCCCACGAAGCCACCCAUAGCGCGGACAACCCUUUCCAGUGCCUCGCGUGCGGGAAGAACUUCAGCUUGAGACGGUACCUGACCAUUCACCAGCGGAUCCAUACGGGAGAGAAACCCUUCAAGUGUUCGGCUUGUGGGAAGGGCUUCAACCGGAGAUCAAUCCUCAUCGUUCACCAGCGGGUCCAUACUGGAGAGAAGCCCUACCAGUGCCCCGAGUGUGGGAAGAGCUUCAUCAUGAGUUCAGACCUCGUCGCCCAUCGGAGAAUCCACACCGGGGAGAAACCCUACAACUGCCUUGACUGCGAUAAAAGCUUCCGGUUGAGCUCCCACCUUACAAGACACCAGCGAAGCCACACCGGGGAGAGACCGUACAAAUGCAUGGAGUGCGGGCAGAGCUACACGGACAGCUCUGGACUCAUCAAGCACAAGAAGAUCCACCUGGAGAAGAAGCAGAGGACCUCCCAGGGAGCCCGCCCAGGGGAGGGACGUUAUAAAUGCCCCUACUGUAGCAAGAGCUUCCAUGCAAAGUCAGCUCUGGUCCUUCACCGGGCCACCCACACCGGAGAGCGACCCUAUAGAUGUUCCAAGUGUGAGAAGACCUUCAGCCACAGCGCAAGCCUACUGAAACACCAACGAAUCCACACGGGGGAGAGACCCUUCAAGUGUCCCAACUGCGAGAAAUGCUACAACGAUGGCUCAACCCUCCGGAGACACCAGAGGAGCCACACCGAGGAGAAACCCUUUAAGUGUCCCAGCUGUGGGGAAUGUUUCGGUGCCAUCGCAGCUCUCCUGAAGCACCAGCGGUUCCACGCUGAGGGGAAACCUUACAGAUGCUCUGACUGCGGGAAAAAUUUCCACUCGAAUUUCCUCCUCGUCACCCACCAACGAAUCCACACGGGAGAAAAACCCUAUUCCUGCCCCAUCUGCAAGAAAACCUUCCGCCAGGCCUCCCACCGUACAAGGCACCAGGAGAUCCACAGGAGGACCAGGGCUGGCCUUGCCCUGCGCGAUGCGUCCGAGCACCACAUGCCAAGAGGAAAGACCCAGCCCGGAGUGGGAGGGGAGGUGGGGUGUGGUGAUCAAGGAACGAGCCCGGAUGGUCCUUCUGCCGCCCCACAAUAAAAGAAUUUGACAUGCCCUGAGUCCAUCGGCCUGGUCCAAGCUGCUCAUCCAAAGAGGUGCCCCGUGUCCUACCUGAUGACUACGGCCAUGUGAGUCUUUGCGCAGCCAGAUACCGAUUUGAGCCCAGGAUUAGGGAAUUCCUGACUGCGCGGGGUUCCUACGUCACUCAUUUCAUAGCGUGACCCUUCAUCUCCUCACCCUGUUGACACCUUUGGGCUCUGACGGCGCUCGCAUUUGAAUUUCAUCUUAUUCCCUCGUUUCCAAGUCUGUCUCCUCCCAAACUCAUCCCAACCAACCCUCCAACCCCCCUUCUCAACUUGCCCUCGACUUCAUCUCCCGUUGUUGCUGCAGAAGGUCCUCAGGCUUCUGGAUCCCAACUGCUCCAUAAGAUGGGUUGAGUGAGCGGUAUCAACGACUGGAGCCACCUGCUCGCUCACCCUUGACGAGGCUCCAUGGCGAUUUCCUACCUCAGCAGGGACCCCCCCCUUUUUUGGGGACUGCCAUGGGACUUCUUGAUGGUCUUGAUGUCAAAAUCCCAGUCGAUAAGUGAGAUGUUUUCUCCUUGCUGUGAAGUCUUCGUGUUCCCUUACAAUCGUCGUUCCUUAAGUUGGGAACGGGACCAUGGUUGACCCCAAACACCUUCCCUCAACGAGAACAUCCAAUUUCCGGUGACCACAGAGUUACUAAAUGCCUUAGGGGUAGCCCAAGGGAAUGUUUCUCCUUGCCUUGCGUUGCCUUCGGACCCAACGGUGGGUCCAGGCUGCAACCUCCUGAGAAGGUGACACCAGAAGUCUACUUGCUGAAAUCUGUGAGGUUGCCAGGGAUGAUGCCACCCAAUGUCACCUCCAAGCCUGGUGACACUUGGGAAACUUUGCUUAUGGUGGAAAUAUGGACAUGGCUUGACUACAUGAGCUGCUGCUUCCAAACGAGCCUACCCUGUUGCGUCUUUGGGUCUACCCCAAGGCAGAUCCAUGGUCCGCCUACGUGGACAACAGCCCUGGCAAGGAACGAAAGGACGUAGAUGCUGAAGGUUGCACCUCAGAGCUAGGAGCAGGGUCUGGGGGUGAAGUGGCCUCCUUUUGAACCCCUUAAUCUAUGCCUUAAUUCCCUUGGGGGAGUCAUCUCCCAUCAACACCCCCAUAAACCCCCCUGAGAUGCUGCUCAUCUACACCCAGAACGGCUGUUCCUGUUUCCAACCGUGUUAUCAUCUACAUAUGGAGCUGCCACCAUAACGGCGAAGGCGACUGAAGCUUUAACGCGGCUUCAACUUUAAAAACAGUGGAAAAACCGAGACAAAUUCCAAGAACAUGUUAAAAAAAAAAAAUAGUCAAGUGCCAGUGGUGGGAAUCCUUUUGGGGAUGGUGGGAAUCCAU